CGGCAGCCAACCCGGCACCCACCGAAGAAACCAAACCACCAAGCGCAAGCGAAGCGCAGCAAGGAAACCACAUGCCCCACCUCGCCGCCACUCCCUCCACUUCCUCCGCGGCCGCCGCCGCCGCCACGGUCCCCGCCGCCCUCCCCACGGGUUCCGGCUGCGUCGCGUUCCGGCGACCGUGGACCAUCCCACGGCCGGUGGCGCUACGGCUGCGCCUGCGCGCGCAGGGCGUCCGGCGGGAGAGCGGCGGCGUGCGAACAGAGGAGCAGGAGCAGGAGACGACGGCGCGGACGUUCUACGACCUGCUCGGAAUCUCGGCGGAGGGGAGCCCCGAUGAGGUCCGGGCGGCCUACAGGCGGCUGGCGCUCAAGUACCACCCGGACGUGUCCCCGCCGGGCGCCGCGGCGGAGAACACCCGCCGCUUCAUCGAGGUGCAGGAGGCCUACGAGACGCUCUCCGACCCGAGCCGCCGCGCCAGCUACGACCGCGCGCUCGCCCGUGGCGUCUGCCGCCUCGCCUUCUCCGGCUCUCGUGCCCAGCGCGCCUACUACCACCACCAGGACCAUGAAGAGAAAUCUGGCUGGAGAAGAUCAUGGGAAGACCAGAUCACGGAGCUGAAGAGAAGGAGCAUGACAAAGGAUUCAGAAGAGAAUCUGUCGUGGGGAGCUCGGAUGCGGAGAAGGGCCGAGGCAUCAUCAGCAGAAUGACUGUGAUAGUAACCCUUCCAACGCAACAAUACUCAUAUCUAGCAUCUGAACCAAAGCCAACUAUAUUUUUGGGUAGGCGCGAUUUGAAGGUGUUGUCUGCGAGGUUUUAAGACGUGUGUCUAAGAUGAACCUGUUGAAAAACCUGCAGCAACCCCUUAUCAGAAUCGCUUAGCAAGUAAUAUAGCAGUAGUCGCUGUAGCAGUGUCAUCUACCAGGAUGUGAAAAACAGCAGCACCUGGAGUGCGGCUGCUGAGUGCUGACCAACAUCCAUGGCCCUGGUGUAUAUAGUUGAAUUACCUGCCUGGCUGCAUGUAGAAAAUCAACUAUGUUACUGUUAUCGAGUCAUGUACUGCCUGGUGAAAAUGUAAAUAGUACAAAUAAAUAAGAAAUCUAGUUGUUCUUCCCAUA